AUGUCGGCCAGCCCCUACGCCAGAUCCCCCAGCGGCCAUCCGCUCCCCGAACUCAACACCCAGGAUCCGUACCUGUCGGCGCAAUCCGACCCGGAAGAAACAGACUUCCAUGCCAGCGCCAUUCGACUGACUCCCGUCAACGGGAGCCCACACCAUAGCUCUUCUUCUUUCACCUCCCCCAGUGAUGGCAAUGAGGCUCGUCGCCCCUCGUUCCAGGCCCAGGAUUUUUUGGCCCCCGGAGGAAAUGAUUAUCGGGACCCCAGCGCCGGUACCUCUCCGGCGGAUCUCAAUGCAUACCUGGCGCCCUCCGACGUGAUGGUCGAUUAUUCAAAUAACGGCUGGCAGAGCGCCGGUCACCUCUCUAUAGCUACCCAGUCGACCGUCCCAACCAACGCUCAAUGGUCGUCUAUGACCGUCGACACCUCUCACUUUCUCAGCCCAGAACACAGCAUUCCGAGUCCCUUGUCCGUCCCAGAGAGCGUCGUGGCCCAAGCCAGAUCGCCCAUGAUGCACGGCGGGUUCGGGCAACCACUACCUUCGUCCACCCUCACCAACCCGUCCUAUGGCCCCUCUCAGCUCACCGUCUCAACUGAUCACGUCGCCAACAAUGAAUUGAAGUCAGCCUCAUCAAGAGGCCGGAGCCCCAUCGUGACAAUUGAGAGCGUCUCCCGGGGAGACUCCCCUGAUGCGUUCGCGCACGAACGACGUCCCAGCCGAUCACUGUUAUCCCCCAACGGACUAGAUGACGAGGACGAUGAAGACGAUGGAGACCAAUUAGUGUCCCCCAAAUCGACCGCACCGUCCCCAGCUAGUAACUGGGUCCGAAAUUCCACUCCGGGUCGGCAGGGUCUUGCCCCAUCCGCGCGAGGCGACGAAUAUGUAACAAGCCCCAACGACCUGCAGAACCAGCGCGACCGAGACAUGAAAAAUGAAGACAUCAGCCACUGGUCGCACAAUGUGAGCGCGGCCAACAGCGAGGCCGGCGAUGACACACCCACCCAAUCUCGCCGAAAGAGCAAGCCAGCCAACCGACUUCGCGCCAGGAGUACGGGAGACCGUCCGCUUCAACGCGAGGAUUACUUCAAUCUGCAGCGGGGCGCCAAAGAUCAAUCGGCGCCCGGGCCUGGAGUCAUGCUCCACGAGAGUAGCGACGACGGGAUCGUGAGCGACGAUGAGAGCGAUGGCAGCACAGCUCCGGACUCUCUCCCCGCUCUUGCGGAUGAACGUGGCAUCUACGACCAGUCCACUCCCGAUAUAGAUUCAUCGCUGAUCGAGAAUACGCCGAGUGAAAAUGUUUAUGUAUUCCCCUGGCAGGACCCUCCCCGUGACUUAACUCGUAGGACCGAACGAAUGCAACCGGGGAGCUCCACAGCAGCUAUGGUGGCAUACGAGAAGCGUGCACGGGAACUAGAUGCACAAUCAAUCACCGCCACCAUCGAUAACAACAGCAUCAUCAACUUUGGAUUAGAGCGCCUCACCCUGAACAGCAACGCCCCGAAAAAACGCAGUUCAAGUAUAUUUAAGCGCUCCGUCCAGCAGGCGCAGUCGAUGUUGAAACGACAGGCAUCGGACCUUUCUCUCGCCAGCGUACCCUCCACGGCCCAGCCCGGUGGCUCCGAGGGGCCUCAGCGGAAAGAUAGUGGUGGUUCCUAUCGGCAUCGACUCAGUUUGUCAUCUAAACACGGCUCGCAUAGACAGCACAUCCGGUCACCGAGCUUGACAAAUGCGCUCAUGUCCAUGACGGGGCAGAUGGCAGCUGUUGGGGGUAGCCACUCUGUCCAAGCCGUGUCUCCCAAUGGGGAGUUGAGCCCAAAGCUCCCGACCAAGCUUCGGGGUCGAAGCAGAAGUGAAUUACCCCGGCCGCCCACGCCAGGCCUGAUGGAUCUCAUGACUAGUCAUGGCGGGCCUCCGGUGGCCAGCCUCUCCCGCUAUACCCAACCCGAUCCCGAUGAUGAGCCCGCUCGCAGCAAGAUCUCGGCUGAGAUCGAUGUGGCCGGGGUAGAGGAUGAGGACGAUCUGGAUAUGGCAGAUGAUAAGGGACUGGUGAUGGAGUUCCCGCCCGUGUCUCGCUUGCCCGUGCCCACCUUAGAAGGGUUCAAGGCGCAGAUCAUGCAACUGAACCCGCGACUGGACCCGGCCCUGAUCCAUCGGUUUGCGCAUGAGCAGGUGCGCCGGUACCGAAAGCUGGUGGAGUACCAGCAGAAACACGCGGCGGCCGUGGCUAAAGGCUCGUGCAAGUCUGGCAAAUUCUGUUUCGCGCUGGGAGGCCAGGCGACCUUGUUGCAGCAACGUAAAACAGCAACGGACACCGAGAGCGGCCAGACACAAUUCCGAAUCACUGAUCUGAGUCAAGGCCGUGAUCAGUCAUAUGUUCUAGGUGAAGGAGCUGUUGCCGCGGCACAGUUCCCCCUGGCGUCCCCCUGCCUCCUGUCACCCGGCUCCCUGCUCGUCAAGACGUUUCAGAAGCCCUCAGACUGGUCCAAGCAUAUCUUCGAGGAUGUCCAGCCAUUCACGUGCACCUGGCCCGACUGCACUGAGCCAAAGUCCUUCAAGCGGAAGGCGGAUUGGGUGCGGCAUGAAAGCGAGCGACAUCGACAGCUAGAGUGGUGGACGUGCUCGUACGCCGAGUGCAGCCACACCUGCGUGCGUAAAAACAAUUUCAUCCAACAUCUGGUGCGCGAGCACAAGAUGCCCGAGCCGAAGGGGAAGGAGAUGAAAGGAUCGACAGGAGUCGAUGGUUCCUCGAGGGAGUUUGAUCGUCUGUGGCGGAUGGUCGAGGAAUGUAGGCAUGAAACGGAGAAUACUCCCGCCCAAGAACCCUGUCGCUUCUGUGGGAACAAUUGUGGCACCUGGAAGAAGCUAACGGUCCACCUGGGGAAACACAUGGAGCAAUUAGCCAUGCCCGUUCUAGCGCUGGCCAGACAGAGCUGCGCCUCGCCGGGCCAAGGCCAACCGGUGCCGGGGGUUGUCGCCAGCGGGACUGCCGACUCGCUGCAGCUGCAGCUGCAGCAGCACCUGCCUGCCUCCUCCCCCUCGCUGGAGGACCGUUCCACGGCCAUCCUGAUGCUAACGCUGCCCCUCCGUCGGUUGCUGCUUCUGCAGCCGGUCCCAAUGCCCCGGGUUCUCUCGCGCGGCCGCCGUACGCGACCAGUCACACCCCUCACUCCCCUGCCCCCGGCUACCCCUACGAGAUUCCCGUUCUGA